CAAUGUCUAAGUUCCUAGAACACAAUUCACAGUCUUCUUUAGAAUCCAAAUCAUUGUUCGAAGAUAAAAUCGAAGAUGGCAACAAAAUCCAUGGGAGAUAUCGAGAAAAUAAAGAAGAAACUAAACGUGUUGAUCGUCGAUGAUGAUCCACUAAACCUUAUAAUUCAUGAGAAGAUCAUCAAAGCGAUAGGGGGUAUUUCACAGACAGCAAAUAACGGCGAGGAGGCAGUAAUCAUCCACCGUGACGGCGGCUCAUCUUUUGACCUUAUCCUAAUGGACAAAGAAAUGCCCGAGAGGGAUGGAGUCUCGACAACUAAGAAGCUAAGAGAAAUGGAAGUGAAGUCAAUGAUUGUUGGGGUGACUUCACUGGCUGACAAUGAAGAGGAGCGCAGGGCUUUCAUGGAAGCUGGACUUAACCAUUGCUUGGCAAAACCGUUAACCAAGGACAAGAUCAUCCCUCUCAUUAACCAACUCAUGGAUGCUUGAUGGAUAUAUAUUUAAUUUAUAUUAUGGAAACACAUAAUAACGUCUAAGUGUGUAUGUAUGCAUAGAUACUUGCAUGUGUGUGUUUUAGAAUUUAGGGUUCUUUAUCGUCCGUGAUAUAUAAUCAUGUAACCUGUUGCUUUAAGCUUAUAAAAUAUUAAAAUAAGGGUUUCCUCUA